AGCUUCCUUCUGCGUCUUGAAAUGGUUGUCUGAAGCCUCCUCUCUCUCUCUCUCUCUCUCUACACGAAGCACCCUUUUUUCAUCGCUCAGCGAUGGUGGGUUUGCAAAAGAGCUUCUGGGUUUUGCUCCAUUUGAAGAAAGUUCAGAGCUUUCCAAGGGUUUAAAAGUAAGAGCUUCUCGGAUUCAACCUCUGUUUGUUUGUCCCUUUCUCAGUAAUGGAGAAAAAUAGAGGAGAGGACUGGAGGGAGCUGGUAAGGAAAAUGCUUCCUCCGGGUGCUCCCUUCCCAGAAGAAGAGUCUGACCUUGAUUACUCAAUAGCAAUGGAAUAUCAGGGGCCACCAGUUUCUUAUGAGGUUCCUAGGGUUGAACCCCUUGAUGUAAUUUCGGCUGUGAUUCCGACAGCGUCAAUAGCAGAACCACCGCCGAGAUCAGUGACCGGUGAUGUGCCUCCUGUAAUUGAACCAAUCCCUUUAUCUCACCUGGCUGGUGACACAAGUCCUACACAAAGUCCUAGACUAUCUGAAAGUUCGGAGUCUGGGGUAUCUGUCUUGCAGAACCGUGAUUUUUCUUCUGCCUCUGUAACAGCAUCAGCAUCUCCGGGUUCUGUUCGCAAUCCCCUGGAUAAUGCUUCUAGACAAUUAGUCAAUGAAGUGAGAAGAGUGCCAGUUGUUACUUUUAAUACUGUUGAUAGAUCUGAAAGAAAAGAAAAUGUGGAGAAGCAAGUUUUUCCUGAAUAUGUUGGGGUUUCAAAGGAAAAGAAGAAGAAAAAGAAAAGAAGAGUCUGUUACAGGUGUGGGAAAGGGAAGUGGGAAACGAAGGAAUCAUGCCUGGUUUGUGAUGCAAAGUAUUGUAGCAAUUGUGUACUUAGGGCUAUGGGUUCUAUGCCAGAAGGGCGCAAAUGUGUUACUUGUAUCAGUGAGCCGAUUGAUGAAUCAAAACGGUCUAAACUUGGUAAACAUUCAAGGGUAUUAGCCCGGUUACUUAGUCCUCUAGAAGUCAAGCAAAUAAUGAAAGCAGAGAAAGAAUGUGCAGCUAACCAGUUACGGCCAGAGCAGCUCAUUGUUAAUGGGCUUCCUCUGAAGCCAGAAGAGAUGGCUGAAUUACUUGGGUGUUCUUUACCACCACGGAAAUUGAAGCCUGGUAGAUAUUGGUAUGACAAGGAAUCUGGGCUUUGGGGAAAGGAGGGGGAAAAACCAGAUCGAGUUAUUAGUUCAAACUUAAAUUUCACUGGGAAACUUUCUCGUGAUGCAAGCAAUGGCAAUACUGAAGUUUACAUUAAUGGCAGAGAAAUUACAAGACUUGAACUGAGAAUUCUAAGGCUGGCGAAUGUGCAGUGUCCGCGUGACACACAUUUUUGGGUGUAUGAGGAUGGUCGUUAUGAGGAAGAAGGUCAGAACAAUAUCAGGGGAAACAUUUGGGAGAAGGCUUCAACACGGCUUGUUUGCACCUUGUUCUCUUUGCCCAUUCCCCGUGGUCAGCCACAUGGACAAAGAGAUGAGGCUAGCAAUUAUACUACAGUCCCAAAUUAUCUAGAACAGAAGAAAAUACAGAAACUUCUUCUACUUGGACUUCAAGGUUCUGGAACCAGCACUAUUUUCAAACAGGCCAAAUUUUUGUAUGGGAACAGAUUUACAGCAGAGGAAUUGCAUGAUAUUAAGCUUAUGAUUCAGAGCAAUAUGUACAGAUAUCUUAGCAUACUGUUGGAUGGACGAGAGCGCUUUGAAGAGGAGGCCAUGUCAAGAGUGAGAAACCUAGGUUCUCUUGAUCAAACUAUUGAAGCAGGUGGACAAGCUGAUUCCAAUGAGAACACUCAAUGUGUCUAUUCCAUCAACCCUAGGCUGAAGCAUUUCUCUGACUGGCUCCUAGACAUUAUAGCAACUGGAGAUUUGGAUGCUUUCUUCCCUGCCGCUACACGUGAAUAUGCUCCACUAGUUGAAGAGAUCUGGAAGGAUCCUGCCAUACAAGAAACAUAUAGGAGAAAAGAUGAACUUCAUUUUCUUCCUGAAGUUGCAGAGUACUUCUUAAGCCGGGCUGUUGAGGUGUCAAGCAAUGAAUAUGAGCCUUCAGAGCGGGACAUACUGUAUGCAGAAGGGGUCACCCAAGGGAAUGGUUUGGCUUUCAUGGAGUUCUCCCUGGAUGAUCGUAGCCCAAUGUCUGAAACCUAUGCUGACAAUUUGGAAGCUCCGCUGCCCCCUCUUACCAGAUACCAACUGAUUAGAGUAAAUGCCAAGGGAAUGAAUGAGGGCUGCAAGUGGGUGGAAAUGUUUGAAGAAGUUCGUGUCGUAGUCUUCUGUGUUGCAUUAAGUGAUUAUGAUCAGAUGUGGAUCGCUCCAGAGAGCAGUGGUAGCGGGGCCCUGCUCCAGAACAAGAUGAUGCAAAGCAAAGAGCUCUUCAAAACAAUGCUUGGCCAUCCUUGCUUCAGGAACACUCCUUUUGUAUUGAUCUUAAACAAGUAUGAUCUCUUUGAGGAGAAGGUCAAUCGCGUGCCUCUAAGUACUUGCGAGUGGUUUACUGACUUCAGUCCUGUGCGACCCCACCACAACAAUCAGGCGCUCGCUCACCAAGCUUAUUACUAUGUCGCCAUGAAGUUCAAGGACCUGUAUGCUUCCCUCACAGGUCGAAAGCUGUUCGUGUGGCAAACCAAGGCGAGGGACAGAGGGACCAUCGAGGAGGCGUUCAAAUACAUAAGGGAAGUUCUAAAGUGGGAUGAAGAGAAGGACGACAACUAUGCCAUGCAGGAGGAUUCAUUUUACAGUACAGAUGUGAGCUCCUCACCAUUUGUCAGGCAGGAAUGAAGUGUUCCAAAUAAUUUCCAUGUAUUUGCUAUGUAGAUAGAGAAGGAAAAGAGAAGCACGAAUAAGCUUAAUUGUUUAUUUUUUUUCCUCAUAAAAUUCAACUUAUGAAUGGGUGGUAGUGUAUCAAGUUGAAACAUUUUUCCAGGGUUUUGUUGCUCUACCUUCCAAAUUGUAUAUUAUUAUCUCCAGUUUGAGUAUUAAUGCAUGCUGCAGAAGGAUUAUGCUUUUUGGGUCA